UACACAUAAUAUUAAAAAGUUCGUCAAAUUAAUUUUCUAAAUUAAAUAAUUUGAAAUUAUAUUUAAUAAUGGCUACAACUGUAAACCAGAAAGCGUACUUGCAAAAAUACCUGGCUGGUCCAUCGGGCGAUAAAAAGAAAAAGAAAAAAAAAGUGCUAAAAGGAAAAGGGUUCAAAAUAAUAGACGAUGACAUUGACCUAUCGAAGCUACGACCCCUUGAAGGUGACGAGUUAGAUGUGUACGAUGAAGGUGAUGACGCACCGCAAGUAGCUGGUAUCAUCGAUGAAAGACCAGAGCAUAUAAAAAAACAGGAACAAUUCACCACUAGUUCUAAAUGGAAGAUCGUGAAUCAGGAUGACGGAUUCAACAGCAAACUACAAAUUCAAGAGAUAAAGAAAGAUGUAAAGGAAACCGAGAAAGAAAACGAAUUGGUCUUUGGAAAAAUGUACAGUGAUUCCGAAGAUGAUAAGCCAAAUGUUUCAGAAGCUUCGCCGUCUGGAAGAGCUAAAAGCAAAAAAAAACACAACAGUGACAGCGACUUCAGCCCACCAAGAAGAGGGAAUCCAGUGAAAAGGAAUAAUUCUCCUAAAAGAACUACUGAAUAUGAUUCUGAUCUUUCACCACCUAGAAAGCAUGAGGGUCAGAGAGCUGAAAAACUUAAAAAACCAAGUCGUUGGGACAAUGAACAGGAUAAGUCACCAAAGUCUUUGAGAGCUAACAACCACAGAAGAUCUAAAAGCUCUGAUUUGUCUCCUCCAAGGAAAACCCAAACGAAUAAGAUUUCUUCAGGACAAGAAAUGAAAAUUCAAAAAAGAUAUGAUGUGACAUCUCCCAGAAAAUCUAGAAAAGAUGAUUCAAAACGAAAUAGACUUAACUCAGUUUCACCUCCGAGGCGAAAGAAAUCACCAGAGAAAUCUAAAUUUGGUCACGAUAACAGACAGAGCCAGUUAAAAAAGUAUAAUGAUACAGAUUAUGGUUCGAGGUAUGAUAAAAGAUCUAACAGAUCAAAUUCAGAUUCUGAUAUGUCUCCCCCAAGAAAGAGUAAGAGACAAAUCUCAGAAUCUCCCUGUAGAAAUGUUCCACUAAGAAAAAAAACGAAUGAUAGUGAUUCAGAUUUAUCUCCUCCCCGUAAAAAUAUAAGAUAUGCAGAAAACAAGUCCUAUAGGAAUGUAAGCAAAAAACCUCACAGGAGAAAUGACACAAAAGACAGUGGUUCGGAUUUAUCACCACCACGAAAGCUUAAGAAUAUUGAUAACUACAGAAGGCAUGACUCUGAACGUAAAAGAAAAGACAGAAGUUCAAAAAGAAAUGAUAGCGAUUCUGAUCUAUCUCCUCCCAGGAAAGAUAGGUCUAACAAGAAUGACAGUCCCCCUCCAACCCAUAAAAAAAUGGAGAAGACUUUGGAAGGAAAGAAAGCAGGAUUACAAGAUGCCAAGCAGCUGAGGCAAGAAAACGAUGACUUUAGAAAGAAAGAAGAGGAGAUGUUUAAGAAAAUGAAAGAUGAUGUUUCAGGCAGGAAUGCUCAAGUUGUGUCAAGGAAAGUGAAAAGAGACGAUUCUGAAGAAAGAAGAAAACAGAAGGAGAAAGCGGCGAGACAAAAAGAAAUGGACGAGAAAUAUAAAAGAUGGAGUAAAGGGUUGAAACAAUUGGAAGCUCAAGAGGAACGGCUUCAGGAUUUCAUGCAUGAGGCCUCAAAACCUCUGGCCCGACACCGGGACGAUGCAGACUCGGAGAACAGACUCAAGCAGAUAGAGAGGGCAGGAGAUCCGAUGCUCAAAUACAUACAGGACAGGAAGAGAGAGGAAGGAAAUUUACCACCAGAACGCCCAAAAUAUAAAGGUAAUUUCCCUCCGAACCGCUUCAACCUGAGACCCGGCUACCGGUGGGACGGCGUCGACAGAUCCAACGGCUACGAGAAGAAGUUCUUCGAGCAACAGAGCAAGAGGAAAGCUCAAGAGGAGGAAGCUUAUAAGUGGAGUACCGAGGACUUGUAACGGCGAGGUGGUUACUAGCUAGUUAAAAGAAAAUAUAGUUCAAAGUAUAUUUCGACGCUUGAAAGGGAAACGUGACUAAGCGACAAUGCGUGAACUUUUCAGUAGACUAAUUUAAAGUUGA